AUGUUGUUGGUCUGCCUUGUUGUCCUUGUGUUAACUGCCAGCUCUCCCUGUGUUGCUGCCCCACCAAGGGACUAUGUUUCUGAUCUGCAGUCAGUUUUCACUGGAUCCACCGGAAACAAGCUGCUGCUCAUCUCCUUCGAUGGCUUCCGCUACGACUAUGACCGAGUCACUGAAACCCCUAACCUGGAUAAAAUGGCACAAGACGGGGUCAAGGCAACUUAUGUUACUCCUUCCUUCAUCACCAUAACCAGCCCUUCUCACUUCACAAUGCUGACAGGACGUCACAUUGAAAAUCACGGAGUUAUCCACAACAUGUGGUUCAACACUACCACUCAGGAGAAGAAGCAGUACUACGAGGCUCAGUUUGUUGAUUCCUACUGGGACAAUGGCAGCCUACCCAUCUGGAUAACAGCACAGAGACAGGGACUAAAAGCAGGCUCACUCCAUUUCCCUGGCACAGCAGCCACCUACAAAGGAGAAAUUGUGAGGUUUAGGCAGGUAGAACCUCGUUUCUAUGAUCAUUCGAAUGAGACCGACUGGAGGAUGAACAUUGAUAAGGUGAUUGGAGAAUGGUUCCAUCAACAAGACCUGGACUUUGUCUCUUUGUACUUCGGAGAACCAGAUUUGGCUGGGCACAGAUAUGGACCAGAUUCACCAGAAGUGAGGGAGAUGGUCCAGCAAGUAGAUCGUACUAUAGGUUACAUCCGUGACAAGAUCCAAGACCAUGGCCUUACUGACCGGCUCAACAUUAUCAUCACCUCUGACCAUGGUAUGAUUACAAUGCUACAGGGUGGAGUAGUUGAGAAGAUUAUCCUCUCAAAGAUCCCUGGCUUCAGCUUCAGAGACAUCCAGUUCCAACUGUUGGAUUAUGGUCCUGUUGGGAUGCUGCUCCCUAAAGAGGGGAAGCUGGAGAAGGUAUACCAAGCUCUGAAAGGAAGCCACCCUCACCUUCAUGUGUAUAAGAAAGAGGAGGUGCCAGCUAGGCUGCACUACAGUAACCAUCCUCGACUCCUGCCCAUCAUCCUCAUUGCUGACCCUGGAUACAGUGUUUCUGGGUUCUUACCUUUUCACAUCAACAAAGGAGACCAUGGCUUUGACAACGAUGCCAUGGAUAUGAAAGCCUUCUUCAGGGCAGUGGGGCCCGACUUCCAGAAAGACCUGGUGGUAGAUCACUUUGACCUGGUUGAUGUGUACCCACUGAUGUGCCAUCUACUGGGAAUCGAUCCAGAGGUCAACGAUGGACACUUGGACAAUACCAAACACAUGGUCUUCCCCAAAGAAAGGGAUAUUAGCAGUAUUGAUGAGAGGAAUACUCAAAAAGAGGUGGUGAUUGGACUGUCAGUGGCGAUUGGGUGUCUUGCAUUAGUGUUCAUCAUCACUAUCUCUUACAACAUGUGGAAAAGGAGAAAAGGAUAA